AUGUCCCGCUGGAUUCCCCUCGAAAGCAACCCUGAGUGGGCCGUGCGCGCGGGUCUCGUCAAGAGCCAGGCACACUUCGAGGACAUCUACGGUCUCGACGAUGAGCUGCUUGCGAUGGUCACACAACCGGUGAAAGCCGCCAUUCUCCUGUUCCCGAUCACAGAACAGUAUGAGAAUGAGAGGAAGGCACAAGAUGAGCGGAUCGCCGCUGAAGGUCAGCAUCCAGUGGACCCGACCGUGUUCUGGAUGAAGCAGACGAUUUCGAAUGCUUGCGGGACGAUGGCUCUUCUGCACGCAAUGAUCAACUCGGACGUAGUGUUCGCCCCCGAGAGUGCCAUCCAAAAAUUCAUCGACAUCUGCAAAGAACAAACGCCUCUGGAACGCGCAAAGAUACUGGAGACCACCCCGUUGUUCGCCAACAUCCACGCGGAUGCCGCGGCGGGUGGGCAGUCCGCGAUACCCCCGAAUCUAGACACGGACCUGCAUUUCACGUGCUUCGUGCAAGCUCCGAGCCCACCGCGGGAUGGCGUGGCGGUUGACAAGACGGAAAUGCGCCUACUUGAACUCGACGGCCGCCGCAACGGGCCCAUCGACCGAGGGGUAUGCCUCGACUUUCUGAAGGAUGUAGGGAAGGUGGUGAAGGACGUGUACAUUGCGCAGACGGCGAACGUGAACUUCAGCCUCAUCUCGCUCUCGGGGGGCCCUUUGCCGGAGUAG